AUGGCAGUGUUCUCGAGACUUCUGGCCACUGUAGCGAGUGCCUACGGCCUUCAAGCUCUCUUCGCCGGCAUCUUCGUCCCGCAAGCCAACGAGAAAUACUAUGACCUCUGCGGUGCAACCGGCUUCCUGACCACUACCUUUGUCUCGAUGUACUACCCCUGGCUCAAAGACCGCUUCUGGGAUGCCAAGGCUAUCCCGUUCCCCCCGCUCAGCAGCUUCGCGCCUCGCCAGUUAAUCCUCAAUGCUGCAAUCGCACUCUGGUCGGCUCGUUUGGGCAGCUUUCUCGUGCUGCGUGCCAUCAAGGCGGGUGGGGACUCCCGCUUUGACGAGGUAAAACACCAGCCCGGCAAGUUCGCGUUCUUCUGGUUUGCGCAAGCAACCUGGAUUACCCUCGUCGGACUCCCGGUGUACUUGGCGAACGCAAUCCCCGCCGCGGCUCACCCUCCCCUUGGCGGAAGGGACUUCGUGUCUCUCGUGCUCCUCGUAUCCUCCUUCGCGUUCGAGGUCACCGCUGACCGCCAGAAGUCCGCAUGGCGCACGGCAAAGGACAACAAGCUACACGACGAGAAGUUCAUUACUUCUGGCCUCUGGGGUAUCAGCAGACACCCCAACUACGCUGGCGAGAUCGGGAUAUGGUCUGGCAUGUGGGCACUCGGCGCCUUGAGCGGGGCUCUUCCGGCUCCUGGCAUCAUUGCGAGUGCUGCGAGCCCCUUGAUGACGUAUGCUCUCCUGCGAUAUGUUUCUGGUGUGCCUCCUCUCGAAAAGUCUGGGAACAAGAAGUUCGGUAAUGAUCCUAAAUGGCAGGAAUACAAACGCAACGUCCCUGUCCUCUUUCCUUGGGGACCUAAGAACUGAAAAGUUGUGCUUUGAAAUAAAGGACAUACCAAUCAUAUUGUACUCUAUCAUUGCUUCACUGCGACUCAUAAAAAUUAUCUAUACAAAAAUUGACGGAAGCGUUACAGGCUACAUGGUUCAACGGAUU